UGAGCGUGAAAAAAACUACACGGCGCCACCUUGCGGACUCAGAACUUAAGAUCAGGUGUUGGCAUCGGAUACAAUGGCCUGCAGGGCAGAUCUAUAUAGCUCGUUUUGACAUAGUGGAAAUUAGUUAUCGUGACAAGAAACUCUUUUGCAGUUAAAAACAUAAAGGCCUUCUCUUAUUCACAACGCUCCCAGGAAAACGCCUCUAUUUGGACCAGGUCACCUGGUGCCAUGGCGUCAUAUUUUGGUGUUCAGAGCUUAAUUUCAUUGGACACACGUCUGCGCUCCAAGGUAGAGUGACAGCCGCUCUGGCCAAUCGCAGAUGAGAAGGUGAGCGUCACAACAUGUAAUGGUCGUGGAGGAAGGCGGGGCUAUCGUCCAUUUUGUGGAGCGAAUUCUGUUGCAGCAUCGCAGGGGAGUUUGCAAGGUGGCGAAAUCAGAGCUGAAUCCGGGCCGUUCCGUCGCAUCCAUCUCUCCUUAAACCACCAUGAGCGCCAUAAACGUGAAGAAGCUCAAAGUGAACGAGCUCAAGGAGGAGCUCCAGCGGCGGGGCCUGGACACCCGCGGCCUGAAAGCGGACCUCGUCGACCGCCUGCAGGCGGCACUCGAGGCCGAGGCCACGGGGGAAGGGGCUGAGGCAGGGCAGCUGGGCGCCCAGGAGCAGGAUGAUGAGGGAUCCGAGGACGGAGCCGGAGCCCAAGCCGGGGACGAGUACCAGCAGUACCAGGACCAGGACGCAGAUGAGGGUGAUGAGGAAGACAUCCAGGUCCCAGCAGAAGAGGAGAACGGGGAGGAAGGAGAAGCGUAUCCAGAGGAACCCCCUCAGAUGGGUUUUGGCCAAAGUGACUUUGCAUGUGACGAAGCCGCUGAAUCUUACAAAAAUGAACCAGAACCAGAACCAGAGCCGGAGCAAACGGCGAGUGAGGAGCCGGAAAAACAGUUACAACUUGAAAUCAAGACAGAAGAGUUUGAGGUGAAAGAGGAGUUAAAAGAAGAAAACGAGCCACAUUACCUUGAGCAGCAAAUGCAGGAACAGCCAGAAGAUGUCAAAGAAUGGGAAGGCAUGGAGGCUCAGAUGUCGGCUCAUGUUAAAGCUGAGGAUGACAUGAAUGCCCCCUAUAGCCGUAAAAGACCCUACGAAGAGACUCGUAGCUACAGUUAUUACGAGCACCGUGAGGACAAGAGGUCGCGCUCACCCCAGCCCCCAGCAGAGGAGGAGGAGGAAGAUUUUGAUGACACAUUAGUUGCCAUUGACACUUAUAAUUGUGACCUGCACUUCAAGGUGUCUCGUGAUCGAUACAGUGGCUACCCUCUCACCAUAGAGGGCUUUGCGUACUUGUGGGCAGGAGCUCGUGCUAGUUACGGUGUCAACAAGGGUCGUGUCUGCUAUGAAAUCAAGAUAAAUGAAGAGAUUUCUGUGAAGCAUUUACCCACAACUGAACCUGACCCCCAUGUGGUACGCGUGGGCUGGUCCCUGGAUUCCUGCAUGACACAACUUGGUGAAGAGCCCUUCUCCUUUGGGUAUGGAGGUACAGGCAAGAAAUCGUGCAACCUCAAAUUUGAAGAUUACGCUGAGCGAUUUGGCGAGAAUGAUGUCAUCGGUUGUUAUAUAGACUUCGAAAGUGGAGCAGAGAUAGAAAUAUCCUUCACAAAGAAUGGAAAGUGGCUGGGUGUCUGCUUCUGUGUCAGCAGAGAAGGGUUGGCUGAGCGGCCCCUCUUCCCCCACGUCCUGGUCAAGAAUUGUGCUGUCGAGUUCAACUUUGGGCAGAAAGAAGAGCCGUUUUUCCCCCAACCAGAGGGCUACACCUUCAUUCAGGCUGUGCCAGUUGAGGAGAGGAUCAGAGGAACUGUCGGACCUGCUACAAAAUCUGAAUGUGAGAUGCUUAUGAUGGUGGGCCUGCCUGGAUGUGGAAAGACCACGUGGGCUAUCAAACAUGCUGAGGAGCACCCUGAGAAGAAGUUCAACAUUCUGGGCACCAACGCCAUCAUGGAGAAGAUGAAGGUGAUGGGUCUGCGUCGCCAGCGUAACUAUGCAGGCCGCUGGGACCUCCUGAUCCAGCAGGCCACGCAGUGUUUGAACCGGCUCAUCCAGAUCGCGGCUCGCAAGAAGCGCAACUACAUCCUGGAUCAGACAAAUGUAUAUGGAUCAGCCCAGAGACGAAAAAUGCGUCCUUUUGAAGGUUUUCAACGCAAGGCUAUUGUAAUUUGUCCCACGGACGAGGAUUUAAAAGAGCGAACGUUAAAGCGAACUGAUGAGGAAGGGAAGGAUGUACCCGAUCAUGCUGUGUUAGAAAUGAAAGCCAACUUUGUGCUCCCAGAGCCUGGCGAUUUUCUCGACGAUGUGACCUUCGUCGAGCUGCAGCGCGAGGAGGCCGACAAGCUGGUGAAGCAGUACAAUGAAGAGGGGCGCAAGGCUGGGCCCCCCCCAGACAAGCGUUUCGACAACCGGCAGGGCGGCUUCCGCGGCCGAGGAGGCGGCUAUCAGCGGUACGACAGCCGUGGUCCGCAAGGAGGCCGGGGCGGCUACCAGAACCGUGGUGGCACUGGAGGCGGUGGCUUCAGAGGGGGUUACAGCCGCGGUGGAUACAAUCAGAACCGCUGGGGGGGUAAUCGUGACGGAGGCUCCGGUGGCCGAGGCAGCUACAACCGCAAUCAGUCGUCUGGAGGGGGCUACAGCUACAACCACCAGGCGCCCUACAACAAGGGAGGCAGCGGGGGUGGUGGCGGCUACAGCCAAGCCCAGCCGCAGAGUUACAACCAGGGCUACAAUCAAGGCUACAACCAGGGCAGCUACAACCAGAGCUACAACUAUGCCAACUAUGGUCAGUACCCCGGCUAUAGCCAGGGCUACAGCCAAACUCCCGCUGCCCCUGGGCAGAGCUACAACCAGCAGCAGAACUACAACCAGCAAUACCAGCAGUACGCGCAGCAGUGGCAGCAGUAUUACCAGAACCAGAGCCAGUGGAACCAGUACUACGGACAGUACGGAAACUACGGCAGCUACUCCGGCCAGGGCACUCAGAACAGCCAGGGAUCCCAGGGCUCCCACAGCUCCCAGUAGCCUAGCAGCAGCUGCCCUUGGGGUUCUAACACACAGCAGUUUGUUUUUGUCCAUCUCCUUUGCCGUCGCUCACUCGCUCUGCUCUGCAUUUGUCUCUCCGCUACGACCAUUUUUCUUUCCCCCCUUAGCUUUAGAAAUGACACCUUGAGUUGAUCGUCAGUGUGUGAUUCUAGCUACAUUAGGUCUUACAGAAUUGUGCAGCUCCACUAGAUGGAAAGUCCACAUAUUUAAGCAGACAUACCUGACUUAUGUAGUGCAACAAGUUUAUUUUAAUUUUUUUCUGGCUAGCAGUUUAUUUCUAUGCAUCAGACCAGAUGGAGGCAUUUGUAGAGAUGGAUCAUUUUGUUUUAAAUCUUUCCUUCUGCCAGAUAAGGUGUACAUGUUGGGUCAUAAAACUCAAGAUUUUUUUUUUUUUUUUUUUUUUUUU